UUGUGGACUAGAUUCAAUGAGAGAAAUCUGUGAUGAAUUCUUUCCGGAUAUACCAUCAUUUAGUACUGAAGACAUUUUUGUGAGUCACCAUUCUCUAAGGCUCUAUUUUUUGUUGAUCUAUUCGUCAAUUUAUAAAGCAUUUUCCGAGAGAAUUUCGCCAUUUUUGCACAACCGAGCAGCUAAUUCAGACGGAUUGCUGUGUAAUGUCAAUUUUGAUGAAAUUUACUGUUUUUAUUUUUUGGAAUUUUUAGAUGACAACAAUUUUCAGGAGGAUUCUGUCAAUAAUUCUCAAUUUUUUACUUGCAGGAGUUCUUUCCCCGUGGAUUACUCGUUGGACUGUUCAAAAGAUAUAUCCUCAUUAAGCAUAAAAGAAUCACUGAAUUUGGAGGCCAUCAAUGAAGUGGAAGGUAUUGAAGAAUCUGCCGUUUCUCAAAUUCAUGAUCAAAAUGACAUCAAACUCGAGAAUUCGAAAGAUUUUGUGCAACCCCAAAAACGUGUGUCAUCGAAAGAAGAACAAGGUGGUCGAGAAUUGCCUAUCCUACAGAGGUCUCUGUCACUUGUCAAGAAAUCGAAAUAA